AUGAUGGACACAGAGGACUACAACAUCAGUGACAUCUUGCUUAACGUCAACAAUCCGGCCGCCAACCACACCAACGUCAAAACGGGAGCUUCAGCUGUUGCACUCUCAGCCUAUGUGAUCUAUGGUGUUGGCUAUGGACUCGGAUCAAACAUCUGGGACAUUCCGCUCACGAAGAUCGUUGAGAAUGUGAAGACAUGCAUACAGACACUCUUCAUCUGUGUCUGCCUACACGCGACGGCUCUCACUCUCGUCAAGCUGUCGAUUAUCAGCACUUACUGGAGGAUCUUUCCUGUCCCGCUAUUGCGGAGGGUUCUUCUCGGACUUGCCAUAGUAAUCAUUGCAGUUGCCAUCAGUACCAUUCUCGGCACCAUCUUUCAGUGUCGCCCCGUGGCAGGUGCAUGGGACUUCAGCCUCGAUCGGAAAUGCUACCCUGUCGAGGAUCUCCUCUACUUCUCCACAGCAUUCUCGGUGUUCAGCGACGUCGUGCUGUGCCUUCUACCGCUGCCAUUCUUCUGGAAGCUCGGCAUUCCGAAGAAGGAGAAAGUCGUCGUCUCGUGCCUCUUCUGUUUUGGCUUGGUGGCCGCAGUGGCGUCAGUCGUCCGAAUCACCACCCUCGGCCGUCUCCGCAACAUCAACGCUACCAAGAUCAUCGUUCCAGCGCUCGACUGGUCAAUCGCCGAGGUUCUUACCGGCAUUGUUUGUGCAUGCCUACCGUGCCUGAAGCCACUGCUCAACAAGCUUGCACCUGGCAAAGUCUUCGCCAGGCACUCCCUGCAUAUCAAGAAGUCGAGUGCGACGAGUACUUUCACAACGCGCACAUCUAGGUCCGUGAGACAGCACAAGACUCUGCAGACGGGACCCGUUCGACCGUCUUCACAGCAUCUUGCCCACCUCUCCACGUCCGGCAGUGGCCUUUGGCGCGGCCGUGGUCAGUCCUGGUACGUCACCAGCCCGAAGCCAGGCACUGUACCACUUCCAACCAACGUUAUGGCUUGGUCGCAGGUGACCAAAGCCAUUCCCUCCGCCAACGACAAGCACUCUGUUACAAGUCCACGCACAUGGUACGACAGUGGCUCUCCCACAAGACAGACCACCCUCCUCGAGCGCCCUGGCGCAUUGGUGGAUACCUACACAAUAUCUCAAUGA